AUGAAUAAUGUGGCACCGGAGCUUCUAGGUGGAGUUGUAUAUGCGUCUGAUGCAUAUCAGGUAUGGGAAGAUCUGAGAGAGAGAUUUAAUAAGGUGAAUCGUGUUAGGAUUUUUCAGUUGCACCGUGAAAUUGCUACAUUAUCUCAAGGAACAAAUUUUGUUUCAGUGUAUUUUUCAAAAUUGAAGGAAUUAUGGCAUGAGUAUGAUGUUUUGGUUCCAUUUCCUAAUUGCUGUGAAAAAUCGAAAGAACAUGCAGAAAAUUUACAUCAACAAAGAGUUAUGCAAUUUCUAUCUGGUUUGAAUGAGUCAUAUGACCAAGCUAGGAGACAAAUUCUAAUGAAAACAAAUGCACCUAGUCUAAAUCAAGCCUAUGCUAUGAUUAUUCAAGAUGAGAGUCAACAGAAAAUAGGUGUGAAUGCUGUAACUUCUGAUAAGAUAGAGCCCUUAGCUAUGCAAGCAGGACGAGGAAGAGGUAGGCGACAAUACCUACAAUGUGAUUUCUGUCAUCUCAAGGGGCAUACUAAAGAAAAUUGUUAUAAGAUUGUUGGUUACCCUGCUGAUUAUGCUCCUAGAAGGAGAUAUGGUGAAGGAACAAGGGCUCAAGGUGAAUGGCAACAGAACUCAGGCAAUAGUAUAUCUGGAUGGACAAAUUCUAAUGUUGGUAGGCAAGGCGGAAAUGAUGGUAAUGCUGGUAAACUAGGUGGCUGGAGAAGAGAACCUAUGGCUAUGAUUAACAAUGCAGAUGUGAGUUCAUUUUGUAUGCAGGAUAUGAGUGAUGGCCCUUCUGGAGUUGCUGAGCACAAGGGAUAUCACUACUUUACAAAUGACCUGUACAAUCAGAUUUUAAAUAUGUUAAACAAGGAGUUACAUCCUGAGUCAAGCAUAGCAAACAUGGCAGGUCCAGGAACAAGUGCAGAAGCAGAGCUAUUAUCAGAUGUUAAAUGCACAAAGAAAACUGAUAAAGAUAGAGUAUAUCUUCCAACUGGAGAGCAAGCUGAUAUUACUCAUAUUGGUAGUGCAAUUCUAUUAGACAAGAGAGAGAUCAAAGAUGAUCUUUGGAAUGGAAAGUUAAAAUCUGAAGCAAUAGUGGCAAUAAGACAAUUUAUUGUCAUGGUUCAAAAUCAGUUUGGUAUUGUGAUCAAGAAGAAUGGCAUAGUGGAGAGAAGGCACAGAUAUAUACUUGACACUGCAAGGGCUUUGAAGUUUCAGGGCUCAAUUCCAAUUAGAUACUGGGGAAUGUGUGUUAAGACAGUAGUAUACUUGAUCAACAAGUUGCCAUCAAGUGUUCUG